CGGCGGAAGGGGCGGCCGCGGCCGCCAGGGGGUGCCGCCGGGGAGGGGGCGGCUGCGCGGGCGCGGAGCGGUGGUGCGCGGAACCGCGCCAUGGGCAGCGGCCUGCGGAAGGGCCAGGCGGUGCGGCAGGCGCCCGGCGGCCGCCCGGAGCGGCGGGGGACAGCAGAGGGAGCACAGAAGCUGCAAGAAGGGCAGCACGAAGUCACCACAGAAACUUCACAGCCUGCUGGUUUUGUACAGGAGAAGCAAAUAGGAGAUAAUGAGAAAACUUUAAAGGUACAUAAGGAAGACAAGCCUCAGAAACUGCUGGAAAUGAACGGACAUACAUCGGUGCCGCAUUCCUACAAUUAUGAUCUCAUUGUCAUUGGUGGAGGCUCAGGUGGUCUGGCAGCUGCCAAGGAGGCUGCCAAAUAUGAAAAGAAAGUGAUGGUGCUGGACUUUGUCAUGCCUACACCUCUGGGAAACUCAUGGGGUCUUGGAGGAACAUGUGUAAAUGUGGGCUGUAUACCUAAAAAAUUGAUGCACCAGGCAGCUUUACUGGGACAAGCCUUGCAAGAUUCACGCAAAUAUGGAUGGCAGUUUACAGAAGAAGUCAAACACAACUGGAUGACUAUGACAGAAUCUGUUCAGAAUUACAUUGGUUCACUGAACUGGGGCUACCGGGUUUCACUGAGAGAGAAGAACGUCACAUAUGAGAACGCAUAUGGAGAAUUUGUUGGGCCACACACAGUUAAGGCAACAAAUAAAAGAGGAGUUGAGAAGCUGUACACAGCUGAGAGAUUUCUCAUUGCCACUGGUGAACGGCCACGUUACCUGGGUAUACCUGGAGACAAGGAAUACUGCAUCAGCAGUGAUGAUCUUUUCUCUCUGCCUUACUGCCCAGGGAAAACCCUGGUGGUUGGAGCUUCCUAUGUUGCCUUGGAAUGUGCAGGAUUUCUUGCGGGUCUUGGAUUAGAUGUCACUGUAAUGGUGAGAUCCAUUCUCUUAAGAGGAUUUGACCAGGAUAUUGCAAACAAAAUUGGUGAAUAUAUGGAAGAGCAUGGAAUCAAAUUCAUUAGGGAGUUUGUGCCAAUCAAGGUUGAGCAGAUUGAGGAAGGAACUCCUGGAAGAUUGAAGGUUACAGCCAAGUCCACAACAGGGAACCAAAUAACUGAAGGAGAAUACAAUACUGUGUUGGUAGCAAUUGGAAGAGAUGCAUGCACAAGAAAAAUUGGUUUGGACAAAGUUGGAGUGAAGAUUAAUGAAAAAACAGGAAAAAUUCCUGUCAACGAUGAGGAGCAAACGAAUGUGCCGUAUAUCUAUGCUGUUGGAGAUAUACUGCAGGACAAGCUGGAACUCACACCAGUGGCAAUCCAGGCAGCAAGAUUGUUAGUUCAAAGGCUUUAUGGUGGGGCAACCAGUAAGUGUGACUAUGUGAAUGUUCCAACCACUGUAUUCACUCCUUUGGAGUAUGGAGCCUGUGGGUAUUCUGAAGAGGCUGCGGUGCAGAAGUUUGGGGAGGAAAACAUUGAGGUGUACCAUAGUCAUUUCUGGCCACUGGAAUGGACUGUGCCAUCCAGAGACAACAACAAAUGCUAUGCGAAGAUAAUUUGCAAUAUUCAAGAUAAUGAGAGAGUCAUUGGUUUCCAUGUCCUUGGUCCGAACGCUGGAGAAAUCACCCAAGGGUUUGCAGCUGCUAUGAGAUGUGGGUUGACAAAAGAGCAGCUGGAUAGCACCAUAGGAAUUCAUCCCGUCUGUGCAGAGAUAUUCACCACUCUGACCGUGACAAAGCGUUCUGGUGAAAAUACCCUUCAGGCUGGAUGCUGAGGUUAAAGACCCCCAUUCUUGUUAUUGCCAGAGACUGACUUUCAUCACAGCGGCUGACUUGUGCGGUUCAGAAGAGAGGUUUUGGGAUAAGUCAUCCUCAGUCGUCUGCAGAAACGUGUAGAUCUUAACCGCAGCGUUCCCUCAUCCGCAAGAGAAGAGCACUGUGGGAGUUGGUCACUUGCGGUGAUUGGCUGGCAAUUAGCAAUGCAAUGGGAAUAUUGACUAUGGAGCUGUUGCUUAGCAGGGCAUUUAACGAAUGCUUUCAUGAAGUCAUAGCCUGAAGCCUGCAUUGUCUGGUGGGCAGUGACGGAAGAACUGCUAGCGCAGCUGGACAACAGCUGUUUUGGUUUGGUUUUAUUCCUCUCUAGUUUCUUACCUGAGCAAAGAACUUCCGAACUGAAGAAUAUUACCACAAGUUCAGAUAAUUGUGUAGUGCCUCUGUGUACUAGGUUAUAACACAGCAAUUGGAAGGUCUCCUCAUGAGCGUGCAUUUUACCAGCUCACAUGCCUAUGGAAGGGAAAUUGUAUCUACAUGUCUGAUCGUGAGGAAGAAGAUACCCUUGGAAAAAAGUUUAGUACCAUCUAGAAUAACAUAUUUCUUGGCUUCCAGACUGACUCUGUUGUGAGUUUUUAUUUUAGAGAAACUUAUUUGUGAAAAUGUUCUCCUUGGUGAGAAAGGAAAAUACUUUUUCUGAAGGCCUUGUUAUACAGAAGGGUUGUUUUUUCCCCCCGACAGUAACAACUGUGCAUAUAGCACAGAUGUGAUCAUCUUAGCUUUAUCUUGCAGCUUAUGUGAUCGUAAUUAAUCCAGUUUGGAACAGUCAGAUUUCCAAUGUGGAAUGAAUUGUACUUCCAAGAGCUCUGUGCAACUUUAUUCGUUUUGAAUAAAUUCUUCCUUUCCAGGUGA